AUGGCCACUGCCCAGCUCUCACACACAUCACAGAAGCAUAAAACCUCCAAGGAAGCAGUGUUGUUUCCACACACAGUUACCACUAAACAGCAGUCCAUGGUUCUGGUGAAAAGGCUUCUGGCCAUCUCUGUUUCCUGUAUAACAUACCUGAGAGGGCUGUUCCCAGAGAGCGCAUAUGGAACUCGCUAUUUAGAUGACCUCUGUCUAAAAAUCCUUCGAGAAGAUAAAAGCUGUAUGGGAUCACUGCAGAUAGUCAAGUGGAUUCAAGGUUGUUUUGAUGCCUUAGAAAAGAACUAUUUGCAUAUGGCUGUCCUGGCAAUUUACACUAAUCCCAAGGAAACAGAGAGAGUGACUGAGCUGUAUCAGUUCAAAUUCAAGUACACAAAGGGCAGACCACAGAUGGACAUCAUAAGCAACAAAAUGGCCUCUGUGAGUGGGGUAUGCAGUAGGGAGAUUAAGAAAGCCAGUGUUCUCUUGAUCCGUAAACUGUACCUCUUAAUGCAGAACCUCGAACCCCUUCCCAAUGAUAUUACCCUGACCAUGAAACUCUUCUACUAUAAUGAUGUAACUCCUGAUGAUUACCAGCCCCAUGGCUUUAAGGAAGGCAGUAGCCCAGAUAACCUGCUGUUUGAUGGUGAUCCUGUCAACUUGAAAGUAGGAUCUGUCUCCACUGGGUUUCAUAACCUAAAAGUGAGAGUAACAACUGAGAAUAAGAGGAUGAGGGCAUUGGGAAGCAACCUGGUCCAGGAGAAUGGCCCAACUGAGAUUUCCUAUCAAGGGCUAGAUUGUGAUGAAGAGGAAGAAGAAGGUAGUACAAAGGUAAGGAAAUGA